AUGUUACCCUUUAGACCACUAAGUCAAUUUGUUUUUCAGUUUUUGAUUAUAACAUCUACAGCAUUGGGCAAAGCGUUCAUACAAGCAUACAAAGAAAUCAUAAAGAACAAACACAACACACACUUUAUAAAAGAAAAGUAUAACUCUUGUAUGAACGUUGAAGAAGCUUUAAAUAUAUUGAAUUUAGACAAAAAUAAAAUAUAUAAAAAGUUAAGUAAAGAGGAAUUGAAGUCAUUAAAAGAAGAAAUAAAUAACAGGCACCUUGUUUUAAACAAAUUAAAUGAAAAGAGCGGACCAUACAAUGGUUCAGCUUAUAUACAGAAAAAAGCGCAGGUUGCAAAAGAAGUUUUGCUUCAGCAUUUGAAGUUGCAAUAA